AGAAUUCAGGUAGUAGGAUGUGGGUUGACCUUGAAAAAUGCGCCAAAAAUACUGAUUGCAGAAUCUUUACUCUCUCGGAUAAAAUGAAAAAGGAUUCAUUGCUUCUCUGCAUAAUGGUACAUGAUACAGAAACAUGUUACACAUCCAAUUGCUUCUUUAAAGAAAAAAGACAGAAGAGAAGUUUAGAAAGCACUGUAAACUUAAAUGAGACUAAAACUGGUAGUAAUCUUAAAGCUCCUAAUCUGCUCUGUGAAUUUGAUAACUCUGAGUUCAGAUAUGGUCAAGAUAAAACGUUUGGCAAGAGUUGCCAGAAUGAAUCCAGUCAUGUGAUUGCCAGCAGGAAUGACGAAAUAAAUGAAGGAACAUCGACUUUCAAGGAAGGAUAUAUAUGUCACUCACAAAAUAUCAAAGAGAAUAAUCCAGGAUUCUACGCCAUCCUCUGCUUAGGAGGUACAGUGUUUGGAAUUUUUCUAGGAGUAUGUGUCACUUAUGUAUAUCUCAAGAGGGUGCCGAAAAGUCUGCCUGUGAGUGAGGAAAAACAAAGCAAAAAUAUCACUGUUAGAAAAGAUAUAUUUAGUGAUAUCACAGAAUAUUCAGAAAUUCCUUACACUCUGGACAAUUUUAAAGUGGAAGAAACUCUGCUACGAGGAGAAAAAACAGAUGACAUUAGAAAACACCGUUGUGUAAAUAGCAAAAUUCCUAGAUUCGAAGACCUACAUGCAUCACCCUCUAUGAUUGUACAGAUAGACAUGAGUGAACCCCCUUUUCAAAAUGAUGGACCAAAAGAAAAAUUUCAGGAAGAUAUGGAUUAUGUAGAACCACAGUAUCACCAAUAUCACCAUAUGACACAAAGGACUACUAUAAAUGAUGUAACAGUGGAAGCUAAAAAACACAAACAUAAAAAUACAUUAGCCAAUAGAGAAGAAUGUAAAGCUGUCACAGAAACAAAUGUGAACACGAUUGUUGUGAACAAUGAUGUCAAGAUGUCGGAUAUGACUCAAGAGUAUCACCAGUUAACCGAAUGUGCAACUCUGAAUACUGGAUUGUAUUUGCCACAGAAAAAGGGCGAUGCAGAAGCUAAGCUUUGUUCUCCUAAGGAUGAAAGCAAUGUUGCGGAUUCCGUUUACUUUGUUUUAAGUGCAAAUCCUCCUUCGUCAGAAGAACGCUUCGAUGAAGCAGACGUAAAAGAAGAUCAAAAAUUGCAUAAAAUGAAUAGCAUGACUGAGCAGUAUCCAUCGGGUUCGGAAUAUUUGCACUCAACACACGAUGAUUUCAAAGCAGGUGAUAUAAAUGACACAUUGUACACGGAGAUCGAAGAAAACACGUGAUUUGUUCAAGUACUAAUAAUGAUUAACAUAUAUGCGCGAACUUUGAGACAAGGAAAAUAACACUUUGCCCGUACCAGGCAAUGGGAUAUAUUUUUCUCAAACAACACUUAAAAAAGUUUUGGAUUCAUAAUUGCUAUUUUGCUUUUUUACUGGUUUAUGAAACCCUCCUUUUAUUCAUGUACAUUUAUGAAUAAUUAAGACACGAAGACGCUUAUGAAUCAUCAGUGAAU